AUGUCGAGUCGGCGGUCGGCUCUCCGCCGUCUCACCACUGCCUGUCGCCGUCUCCUCGCGUCGCCUCCCCACGCGUUGCCGUCGUUAGCCGCGCGAUCCGCCAUCCGCUCCCCGGCCGCGCCAUCUCCCGCUCUUCCGCACGACCACCGUCUGAUUUUGCGCGACAUUCCACGUCUGCACUCGUCCGCUCGCUCACAGUUUCUUCCGCCAUUCCCGCUGCACACGCGCAACCUCUCCCGCCUAACCGCCGCCCCCGAUCACGCGCUGCUUCCGCCUCCUCCGCAUACGCCCUGCGCGAUUCCGGCAGCCCCUAAGCUUCUGCUUUCGCUCCGCCAAUUCAGUGCUUCCGCGCACCCCUCUGCGGAUUCAAACUCCCCCAGCCGAGACAGUGAGCGCGGGGGGAGCAGGGGCAACUGGGAAACAAAGGGUGACGCGGCGGAGAACCGGCGCGCGGAGCACCGGCGCGCGGCGGAGGACUGGCGCGAGGAGACCCGGCGCGCGGAGGAAUGGAUCCGCUACAGCGGAGAGCCACCGCCGUCGCGAGACACCGCGCGCAGGGGAGAUCAGCGCGCGCGGCCGCGCGGCGGCAGGGGGAGCAACGAGCGGAGCGACUGGGGCGAGCGGACUAGUAGUGGCGGGCGGUUCGAUUGGGUCGAGCGGAGCGAUGGGGGGGGGAGGAGCCGUGGCGGCGGGCGGGAACAGCAGCAGCACCACCCGAAGGCGGAGGCGGCGCGGCGGGCCGUGCGGCACAAGCGCAUCCUAGAAGAAGAGGAGUCGCCCUCCUUCGAGAAAUGGCUGCAGCGCCAGGGCAGGGGGAGCGCCGCGCGCGCAGGCGGAGCGGGAGGGGGGAAGCAGUGGCGCGAGAAGAAGGUGCGGUGGGUGGCGGGGAUGUAUGCGGAGAUGCGCGCGAGUCAUGGCAUGCGGCUGCUGAACGCCCAGCGGUCGUGGAUGGAGAGUGAGGACGUGGCCUUGGUGGCCCGGCACCUCAUGCACAUGGAUGGCCACGGGCAGCAGGAGGAGUAUCACGGGCACGAGUGUGCAUUGCGAGUGCUCAAGUGGGGCCACAGCAUGGGCAUCUACUCGCCCUCCACCUCGCCCCGCGAGGCCAUGCUGCUCGCGCGCCACCUGGCAACACGUCAGCACAUCGCUGACAUGCUCACGCUGACGCACAUGGUGCUCGCCGCCCGCCCGCCGCCGCCCGUCUUUGCGGAGGAGAUGCUGGCUGUGCUGGCGGCGUGUGUGCGGCACAAGCGGACGGCAGACGCUGCUGCUGUGUACUCGUUUGGGGAGAAAGGAGGAGAGAGAGGGGAUGGAAAGGGGGUGGAGGGGAAGGGGGAGGAGAAUGGGGGGAGAGGGGAGGUGGUGAUUCCACGGAAGCUGCUUGAGAAGCUUCUGGAGUGUCUGCAGCAGUCGGAGCAAGCAGGCACGCUUGCACAGGUGAGGGCGCAUGUGGAGGAGGAGUUGAGGGUGCAUGCAGAGAAAGCGGGUUGUUCCCGCAACGUUGGAGUGGUGUAUUAG